AUUAAAAAUGGUUCGCUUGAAUACUUCUAUUGAGACUGCACUAUCAGAAGAGAAAAACAAGAAUAUGUGCAGGUUGAUCAUUAAAAUACUUAAAAAGAAGAGAUUUACCUAUGUUAUGAUCGCCACAUCAAUCCUUUUCUUUGUGAUCUCAGGGAUCCAGUUUUGGGCAUCAGACUAUAUGCGAUUAGUUUUAGAAAUCCCUGAAGAAAUUGUUAUCCCGGCUUUCUCAAUAAUCACUCUGACAGGACCUACAGUAGGAUGAAUUGUAGGGGGAGGACUUACCCACUUAAUUGGAGGAUAUGAGCAUCCUAAUGCCUUAAAGUUGAUACUAUAUGUUGGGUUUAUAGGAACAAUCAUAUCUCUUCCAAUCCCUUUCGUAGAUCAUACCCCAACCUUCUUAAUCUUAUUUUGGUUAUCACUCUUUGCAGGGGGAUUCAUCAUGCCAGGAACUACAGGAAUUAUGAUAAAUGCUGCUCCUAAAAAGCAUAAAGCGCUAGCUAAUUCAAUUGCUUAUGUGUCAUACAACCUGCUUGGCUACGUGCCUGGUCCACUUGUGUAUGGAGUCUUGACUCAUUUCUACGGUGAUAGAAGUAAAAUCGGCAUGAUUGCACUCAUCUGGGCUCUCAUUUUCUGAAUAUUUUUCAUAUUUCUUGCUUACAAAAAUACCCCAAUUGUUGAAGAAAUCAUUAAGGAAAGAGGAUUUAUUCCAACCAAGGAGUACAAAGAAUCUGACUCAGAGUCAGAGUUUGAAGAACGAAGACAAACCAAUAGAAGAGUUAACAGAGAUUUACGGGUUUCCUUCAACCCAUUCGAUUACUCAAUGAGAGGGUUUGACAAAAUGGAGGAAUCUUUUAGAGAAAGCUUGAUUACUCCAAUGAACGCAGACAGCCCUAACAGAGGUAGCAGUACCAAUCCUAAUAGAUUUGGAUCACUGAGAAAGAAUUCAUUGCUCGCUCCUACAAGGUUAACCAAAAGAGUCUCCGAGUCGAGACAACCUGUACAAGGUGUCACUAGAAAGAAGAAGAGCAGAGCAGUCAGUCUCUUUGAUAAUAACAUCAUGAGCAUGGGUAUUGGUGGCCAGCCUAAUGCUAACCUUUUCCAGUUUGAAGAAAGACAUGCCAAGCGAACCAUGAAGCAAAAGCCUAAAGAUAGACGGACUUACUCAAUUUACGAAUAAUUUCAGCUUUUGCUUUAAAA